AUGGACAUUGCAGGCCUUGUUGCAUUAUGGAAGAAAUCUCGGGAAGCCCCCGAUGAGACCAGGGGUCCUCUGCUUCUGCGUGUGGUCUGGGUUCUGCUUGCAAUCUCCAUGUUUGUUCUGACGUUACGGCUAUGGGCGAAAUUCCACACCACACGCCGCCUCUACCACGACGAUGCACUGAUGACGGCCUCUGCCCUGGUUGGGCUCGCGCACGCCGUCAUGGUUACGAUCGCCAUCUCCCAUGGACUCGGGAGGCAUUUUGCACAUCUUUCGUUCCCUGAACUGGCCAGCACGAUCAAGUUCGGCGCCUGGUCCCUCCUACCCGGCUUCCUCAGUCCCGUGCUCGGCCGCCUAUCAUUCUGCUGUACCGUCCUUUGGUUGGCGAGGACGGACCCUCGCAUGCCACUCUGGCCAAUCUACUUCUUCAUCGCCCUCCAGAUCAUCCUCAAUGCCCUGGGCAUGAUCCUCUUCUACGUACAAUGCGGCCCGGAUCUGGAUACCUUCUGGACAAUCUCGAAAGAACUCCAGUUAGUCCCCAAAAGACCCAUCCGAGACGCUGGCUGAAUGCCGUGCUUACUUUUUCUCUCCCUCCAAAGCUAUGAUGAUUACUGCUGGUCUCCACUCGUUCAGACGAAAUACCAAUACGCCAUGGGCGCCUUCAACACCCUCUUCGACCUCUUCCUCGCCAUCGUCCCCGCAAUCCUCAUCGAACACAGCCGCCUCUCCCGCAAGAGUAAAAUCGGCCUCGCUUGCCUCCUCUGCCUCAGCCUCCUCGCCAUGGUCGCCAGCAUCAUCAAGACCUACGAAGCCAAAAACCUCUCCCACGUCUCAGACUACACCUACGACCUCUGCGAAUACGUCAUCUGGAUCUCCGUCGAGCUCAACAUCGUCAUCAUCACGGCCUCCAUCCCCAUCCUGCGUCCCCUCUUCCGGAAACUCCGAAGGCGGGAUGCUCCAAGCCAUCCCGACGAAAGCGACAUGGCCAGUGAGCUUCCCGGGUGGCGGCGAUCGCAUGUGCCCUUACCUUCCGCUCUGCCUUCCCCUACGCUUUCCAAGUACCCUUCGCUGGUCAAGAUGCAGUCCGUGCAGCACGUGCCGCAGCAGAGUAUCUCGAGUCAGGCAGAGAUAGUGUCAUGGGACGCAGAGAGUCCUACAGAGAUUACCGUCAUCACCGAGGUGGAAGUCUCGUACGAGCCCUACGAGUCGGGGAAUGUUCCCUGGGUUCAUGCGGCCUUGAUCGGCUUGGUUCAGGGCGAGAUUGCAAAUCCGAAACUAGUCAGGGCCUGA